AUCCAUCAUCAUCAUCGUUCGUCAUCAUCAAUAAUCGAGCUUUUUCCAAUCACCAUCAUCAUCGUCAUCAAUGAUAAAUGGUCAUAUCUGAUGAUCACCAUGAAUAUCGAACGUAUUGAUUGAAUUGAAACAUACAUUUUUCUUCAAAAGAAGACGACAUUUUUCAUUUAAAAAUCAUUUUUUUUUUCGUUGAAAAUUUCAAAAUUUCCCUUGAAUCAAACGACAACAGCAAAAUGCCUACAUCACCGAUUAGUGAUGUAAAAAAAAUCAAUAUGAACAAACGACGUUCAUCAACAACAACAACACUUACAUCAAUGGAUAGUACUAUACUGGAUUCUAGUCCAUUAUCAAUGGAUUCUGGUUUUGAAUCAAAUUCAUCAUCAUCAUUCAUAUGUGAUUCUAUAAUGUCACAAAAAUCCAAUAGCGAAUCAUUAAAAGAUUAUCAAACAAAAUCAUUUAAUCUUGAUGAUAGUUUAAAAUUAAUUGAACAAUCAAAAAAUUUAGAUGGACCAUCAUUAGCAUUGGUUAUAAAAGAAAAUCAUGAAAAUUAUAUGAAAAAUCUGAAUCUAAUUAUUGAAACAUUUAAUUCAAAAUUUGAUUUAAAUAAUAACAAAUCGAAUGAAUCCACUGUUGCUGAUGAUAAUGCGGUUAAUGUUAAAGAUGGUAAUGGUAAUGAUGAUUUGAAGAUGAAUAAUCAUCGUCGACGUUCAUCAAUGACAAAUGUAAUGAUGAUGACAAAUUCGAAUAGUAUCGAUAGCAGUUCAAGCAGCAGCAGCAAAUCGACAAAUAAUCCUAAUUUGAAUAUUGGACGUAGAAAUUCAACACAAUUACCAAUUGGUACUGAUCGUUUUUUACAAUAUAAUCAUCAUCAACGACAACAACAACAAUCGCAACAGCAGCCACCAAAACGUCAUUUUCGUUUUCCAAAUCUUUAUUCAAAAUCUGCACCAAUUUCGGAUAAUUGUUUUGGUCAAGAUCUAGUUGAUAAUGAUAAUUAUGAAUGGCGAUUAGGUAAUAAUAAUUCACAUUCAUUUCAUUUAAAUCCAAAUGCAUCAAAUUUUUCACCAAAUGAUAAUGAUGAUAAUUGUCAAUCAUCAUCAUCUUCUUCAGGCAAAAUUGGUGAAAAAUUCAUUGGUAAAAUGGAUAAAGGCGCAUUGUUUACAUUGAAUGAAACAUUUUUUGAUCGAAAAGAAUUGGUUUCAAAAACAUUUUUUCAUCAAAUGUUGGCUGAAACUGCUGAAAUCCAAGAUGAUGAUAAUGAUGAUAAUUGUCAAUAUUCAAAUCCAGCAUUUCCAUAUAUAAUUAUAUCGGGUACAGAAAUGGAAAAUAUACAACAUUCAACAAUCAAUGAUACAGGUUUGGAUUCAACAAAAUCAUCAUCAUCAUUUAGUGAUAUUGUUGCUAAAUCAUUACCAUUUAAUAAUGAUAUUAAACAACAACAACAACAACAACAAAAGCAACGAUCAUUGACAACUAAUAUAACUGGUGAUUUUUCUUUUCAUAAUGUAUUGGGCAAAGGUUCGAUCAAUAAAAUUAUUGAUAAUAAUGAUGAUAAAUUGAAACAACAACAACAACAACAAUCAUCAUCAUCAUCAUCGGAUACUGUAAAUCGAUCAAUUUUUGGUAACAUUCAUGGUCUUAAUAAUUUGAUUAAUCAACCGGCUGUUGUUGUAAAUGGCCAUUCAAAUUUAAUUGUUCCUUAUUCAUCAACAACAACAACUUCUUCUUCAUCAUUAUCAUCAUCAUCGAUUACAUCGAAUUCAAAUUUGUUAACACAACAACAACGAACUAAUAAUCUUAAUGCAAUUGCAUAUGCAAAUGAUGAAUUAGAAAUUCGUGCACGAAAACAUCGUGAAGAAGCUAGUCGUGUUGAUCAAUGUCAAUCAAUAUUUUCUAUUAACCGAUUUGAAUUCAAACCACAAACAUUGGUAAAAUAUUCGGUAAAAGUAUUUCUUGGUGGUGUACCAUGGGAUAUGACCAAUGAAGAUAUGUUGGAAGCAUUUCGUCAUUAUGGUGUUUUAGCCGUACAAAGACCGGGUAAAGAAGUACGACCAAGUCGUUCAAGUCGUGAUCUAAGUAAAGCUGGUUAUUUAUAUCUUAUAUUUGAUGAUUCAAGAUCAGUUGAACGUUUAAUUGCUCAAUGCAAUAUUGCAUUCGAUAGUGAAGGACCGAAAUAUAUUUAUUCAUUACAAUCAAAACAUUCAAGAAAACUUAAAAAUGUUCAAAUAAUACCAUGGGAUAAAAAAGAUUCUUCACAUUAUCGUACUGGAUUUCAUUAUCAUGGAGAUACAUUGGCUGAUAACAAUAAUAAUGAAAAUAUACAUUCAUCAAUGAUUGAUGAAAGUCGUAUGGUAUUUUUAGGUGCAUUACAUGGAAUGUUAAAUUCAAGAUCAAUUUUUGAAGCUUUACAACGAAUAUUUGGUCCAGUUGAUUAUGUUAUACUUGAAACUGAUCGUUUUGAUUAUCCAAUGGGUUUCGGUAGGGCACAAUUUUCAACAACAUCUGCUUAUCAACGUGCUAUUAAUGCACGUUUUGUUAAAGUAUUAUCGUUGCGUUUUAAGAAAACGAUUCAAAUCGAUCCAUAUCUUGAAGAUCAAAAAUGUUCACAAUGUUAUUAUGAAGAUGGACCGGUUUAUUGUUUUGAAUGUCGUGAUUAUUUUUGUCGUGUAUGUUUUACAAUGAAACAUAGUGAACCGGGUAAAGAAUUACAUAAAAUAUUGAUGAAAAAAGUUUCAUCAACAAUUUCUACAUCAAAUAAUAAUAAUUCUAUUAUGGCUUCUGCUACUGCUUCUACUUCUUCUUCUUCGAUGAAUCCUGCUAUCGCUGCAAUUGCUUCAAAUAUCAAUACCGGUAUUACAUCAACAUCAUCAUCAUCAUUAUCAUCAUCAAUAACCGCAACAACAGCAAAACUUUAUUGAAAACUUUUUCUAUUUUCUUUGGGCCUAUUUCCGAGUGUGUGUGUGUGUGUGGUGUGUGUUUUUUUACAAAGAAACGAACGAAAGUGAAUGGUGGAUGUUUGUGUGUGUGUGUUUGAAGAUUUAACGAUUAUAUAAUCUACUAUUAUGGUUUAUAAUUUUUUUUCUCUCUUUCUAUUUUAUCGUUUCGUUUUGUUUUUUUGGUUUAUUUCAUUUUGAUUUUCUUUAGAAAUUAUCAUUUAAAUUUUCUCUUUUC